AAUGAGACGAGACUAUCAGACCGUCCUCAGCUUUGUGUCUGUCCAACACUUUAUUUGUGUAAGACUAACGAGGACCUCCUAAAGCUCAUCGUAAAAUACAAAAUAUGGUGCUCUACGUUUGUACGUUGGAGCCUGAGAACCCACCUCAAAUGACAGUUGGGUGUGACAGCAUGCGAUGAAUCGACUAAUACGGCCAUAUGCAUCAAUAAAUGUGGACCUAGAGAAUGGAGGCAGUUCUGAUCCGGCUGAAAGGCCUAACUGCUGAUGAGCUGCGUGAGGAAAUUGCAAGGGCAAACCUGAAGUGUGUCGCUGUCACAGCCACUACCCGAUCUAUCCUUGAAAAAAAGUUGGCACGGAGGCUUGCUGGACCAGAGAGUGGUGCCGACGGAACGGACAAUAUUUCCUCUGAAAGUGAUGGAGAUGGCUUAGCUAAGGUAGCUGAGCAUGCCAAACCUUUACUGAAUGCCAACUCAACUGCAGCAGCAAGUGGCGGCCCAAUUGAGGAGCCGGAUUUUGGCUAUGGUGUGGGACUUAACCCGCCUGACGAAGAGGAGAUAUGUAACUCUCAAUCCAAAAUGAAAACUCAUUCAAAAGUGGAACAAGUAUCCCCACCAUUUUACUAUGGGGUAUUAUCGGAGGACAUUUUGUGUCGAAAUGAAAGAGUUCUUGUGUAUACAGAUAAGAAAGAUGCCCUUCAAGCUGUAAAGGGGAUGAAGGGAGCACGUUUCAACCGUUUUUCCAACCGUGAGGAUGCCGAGAAGUUUGCGAUGGGGAUGUCUGACUAUUUCCCCUCUCCCAGCAAAUCUAUGGCCGGUGCAUCUCCUGUUAAAGCAGGACAAAUUGUCAGUAAAGACAUCAUGGAGGUGGAUACCACUAACAGGGAACGGGCCAACAGUUAUAAGAGCCCACGCACCCAGGAUCUGACAACCAAGCUGAGAAAAGCAGUGGAAAAGGGAGAUGAGGUAGCCUUCUCAGAAGUAGUCUGGAGUAACCCACGCUAUCUCAUUGGCUCAGGGGAUAAUCCCACUAUUGUGCAGGAGGGCUGCAGGUACAACGUAAUGCACGUUGCAGCCAAGGAAAACCAAGCAGGCAUUGCCCAACUUCUGCUGGACAUUUUGGAAAACCCUGAGUUCAUGCGGCUCAUGUACCCCGAUGACCAAGAAGACAUGCUGCAGAAGCGUAUCUGUUACAUUGUCGAUCUUUACCUCAACACUCCAGAUAAGGCCGGUUUUGAAACACCACUCCACUUUGCCUGUAAGUUUGGAUGUCCAGACGUGGUCAACUUGCUAUGCUCGCAUCCUGUCACAGACAAGAACCGCACAAACAGCGAAGGCCAGAAACCUUGUGAUAUUAUUUGUAGCAGAAAGAACACAACACAAGAAGUGAGACAGAAAAUAAGUGACUAUUUGGAGGACCGCUGCUACAUCCCCCUGCUCAGGGCAGCCGACAACACCUCACAGCCCAUCAUUGGUGCCCCGUGGUCACCUGAAGCCUCAGAAAGUCUCUCAUUGAUUCAGCGACACACAAGGAGCCCUUUGGAUCCACUGAUGACUGUCACUGCGUUUGCUGGUCCACUGAGUCCUUCUAAAGCAGGAGAGUUUCGCCAUUCCUGGAAGACACCUCCUCGAAAUCAAGCAGAGCGCUUCCACAACAUCCUUAAGUCCGAUCCUGAGCGUGGUGCCGAGCGGGUUGGCAGAGAUUUGGCUCAUGAGAUGGGUUACCCCUGGGCAGAAUACUGGGAUUUCCUCGAGAGUUUUGUAGAUCUGUCAUCAACUAAGGGACUUAAGAAACUUGAAGAGUACCUGAGCAAGAAGGAUUUCUUUUCACGGACUUGUGAAGAGGGGGAGAAUGAGACCAGUAACAGAUUUAAAACUCCUUCACCAGGCAAGCCCAAAAAGUUCUGCAACUCUAUCUCUGUUGGUGCCUUUUUGGAUGAGGGUGAGGACAUCAGCCUCGAGGAGAUGAAGAAUAGGCAGAAUGCAGCACUUACCAGCAUCACCACCUCCGCAGCAUCCAUGGAAAACCUGAAGGGUGCAGUGGGAGGUCACGACAUUCAUAUCAUGCCAAUGGGACUAAAGUAUCGGGGGGACGACCUAAUCGAGACAGCGGCAGAGCAGGACCUCCUGUCUCCCGGUGUCUGCAAAAAUGGGGUGGCGCCCUCCAGAGAAGGGAUUUCCAAAGGUGAUAAAGCACUUCCACGGAGCUCGCCAUCCUCCAGCCUGAGGUCGCCCGUCUCAAACCUCUCGGUUGCAUUUGAACGCAUGUCGCUACAAGAACCGCCAGACAGCCCCGACGGAUGCAGGGAGAGGAGAAACAGUGGUGAGGACCGACACAGGGAGACCCUUGAGUCCAUCGGCUCCUCCACGAGCAUUGACCUGAGCAGUGAGCUGAAGCAGCUGUUGAUCGGCCACGAUAGCCAAAGCGAGGCUCUGAAGGGAGAAGACGCAGGGGAGAGGUGCAGCAGCGGUAGCUCCGAAGAAUUCUUUGAGGCAGUUGAGGACAGUCUAGAAAUGACGAGCAGGACAAGGGCGGGAGCUUUAGGGAUGCGCAACUUGUGUGCAAGGUCCAAAUCAUGGGAUCAUGGUGGGAAAGACCUGAGCAGUUCGGGGUCAUCAGCAUCCUCCUAUAAGUCCUUGGAUAAUGCCCACGAGUUCUUUCCCAGGACUCCACCUCACAUUAGAAGAGGACUCUUUAUCGAUGGGGAUUCGCCUACCAAAUUGGACAGAGAUGUGUUGUCAGCAAUUGGAGAUGUAGAGGUGGAUGUCCAAAAAUAUCCCAGUGUUCACAAGUGGAUGAGCACGAUAAGGUCCUACUCUUUCUCAGAAAUGCAAAGCUGGCAUAGCCCUGCAGUAGUAAAACAGCGACUCAGGACGCAGCAUCAGACUCCCGGUUCGCCAUCCAGCAUCCUCAUGUCUCCCUCGGGUCGCUUCAGUCCCGCCCGCCACGCCGCCUCACCGGACUUCAGCCCCGGUCGCUACAGCCCCGCCAACGUGAGCUACAUCCAACGCAUUCGCCUCAACCGUUUGAACGAGGCGUCAAUUUAAAGGGUUUACUCCCCCUGGCAGAUUGUCCUUAACCUCUUCGAACAAUCGUAAAUUAAAGACUGAAAUGUUGUGGGAGGGUUCUAUUAUUAAAAACAGCACACAUUCAAAAAAGAAGAAGAAACCUCAGUCAUGUAUGUAAUUCAUCAGUGCCGACCGUGUAAUUUGGCAGUGAUGUUAUUUGUGACAAGUGUGAAGCCCCUGUAUCAUAACCCAGAUCAACAUUUUUGGAUAUUGUGAAUACAAGCAACACUCCCCAAAGUCUGUCAUGAAAAAACUUUUAAGCGUGGGGUUCUCCAUACUAAUUGUAUUCUUAAAAAGGGGGAAUAGGGUGACAAUAUUUUAAAAUGUUAUUUUUUUGUAUGUUGGUCAGUAGCACAAAAAUGUUUUUUAUUAUCGAAGAUGUUUAAACCGACUGCCAUUUCCUGCAUUUUCCUCAGUUCAGUACUUGCCUUAAUUUUCUGAAGUGAUGGACGUGUUCUGUCAAUUUGGGCACAUAUUCUAGCUCACAUCUGGAUAACCUGACUGGCUGCAGCAUUACAGUAAACCCGGGAUAACUGGUUUUACUGAAUGGUUUACUCAAUGUUUUCAUUUGUUUAAAAUCAAUGUUUUAAUGCUUUUACUUGGUUUAAUAAAAAAAGUUUUUAUCUUUUCUCAGUGGAUCCAAGAUGUCUUGAACUUUACUUUCUGCAACCUUUCUUGACUAUUGUUAAGGUCUCAAGCCACUUCUAUUGUGUGUGGCACGCACAUGUAGGAGUCAAGUGUUAAACUGCAAUUAUAGCGCAGACAAAAUAUGCACAAGUCGGGAGUGUCAAACGUUUUAAUUUUUUAGAAGCGGAAUCUGAAGUAAAUGUGUAUGAUUAUUCUUCCCCCAUCCAAUGAAAGUAAUGGAGGAAAGUUACAAAUUAUUGAACGGUGUUACGUUAUUUCACGUUGAAAAUGACUAAACAUUUUGAUAAAAUCCAUUUCCACAUACACUUGAUCAGUUCUGAAUGUAAUUUUUGGUGAAUUCAACCUUUCUCAGAGAGCACAAACAACUUUGCUGAGGAGAUUGUUGUCACACUUGUGCUCUCAGGUUAGAAGAGGAAAACAUUUUACUCUUUGAAUGUUUUUGAAUGUGUGGAGCUUUGCAAAAGUCCCCCAGAAAGCUUCAACCCUGCUUCUUGUGCUUUUGCAUUCAUUCUUGACGAAUUCUCUUCCUGUAUGUCAAGAAGUUGUUUGAUUUGAAGUAGUCAAUAAAACAUUACUCUUACUUUGGUCUCAGAUUCUUCCCAUGAUUUCUGUUUUGUGAGGUUGAUUUCUUUAAUAUCUAUCUUAAUAUUUCUUAUCUGUGCUCUAGUCGUGUCUGUUCUCCAAUUCAGACCCGCAACUACAGUCAUGGACGAAAUUAUUGGCACAGCAUUUAUCACAGAAAUGAAUGCUAUUACAAAGGUUUCAGUAUGGAUGUGUUUAUCUCUUGGAUGUGCAUUGGAAAAAGACGAAACAGCUAAGGAAAAAAGUCAAAAAAUCAGCUGGACAAAAUUGUUGGCACCUUCACUUCAAUAUUUGGUUGCACAUCAUUU